AUGAGAUUCGUUAUUAUUCCUACAGUGUUCUUCAUUAUUUCUUGUAUUUUCUCAAUUUCAAAUGCUCAAUUUUUCUUCCCAUUUGCCAUGGGAUAUCAACGACCGGUUGCAUCUGGAUAUCAAUAUUCAAAUGGCAAUGGAGUUAAAUCUUCUGAUGGAUUUUUCCCAUUGUGCAGAGGAUGGACUUGUACUUCUAAUACUUAA